AUGGAAACACUUAUGUUGGAAGUUGUAGGUAGAUUGGAACAGGGGGUGGCGAAACGUAUGUUGGACGUGGCGGCAUCGGGAACUUCUGGCGGCUCGAGUGGUUCUCCGGUGAUUGAUUCACUUGGCAGGGCCAUUGCACUCAAUGCAGGGGGCAAGAAGAAGGCCGCGUCCAGCUUCUACCUACCACUUGACCGGGUUGUCAGACGCUCACACUCAGCCAAGUUUAUUGACGGCAAUGUCGGGGACAAAGUGUCCGUUUCCAUCCAGAGAGGUGCAAGCAACCUGGUCUUUGACUUGCAGGUGCAGGACCUGCAUGCCCUGACCCCCACACGCUUUCUGGAGAUGGGCGAUUGCAUAUUUCACGAUGUUUCGUACCAACUGGCGCGUGCAGCCUCUAUUCCAUGCCAGGGCGUGUACGUAUCCAAGGCCGGCUAUAUCCUACGAAACGCCCGAGUAGGCAAGCACGUGGUCGUCAAAUCUGUGGGAGGCAUUCUCACACCCAAUCUGCGCGAGUUUGAGGCUGUGCUACUAAGCUUGCCUGAGGGAUCGAAGAGGGUGUUCCGGUUUCAGCCCCUCUCAGACAGACAUAGAGAAGCGACGAAGGUGGUGACUAUCACCUGGCGCUGGCAUCGGGCACUUAUCUGUGAACGGGACAAGUCCUACGGUAUAUGGAAUAUAAAGGUGAUCUCUCCACCACCCCAGGUGUGA